CCAACGUUUGAUUAAGAAAAUAGAAGCCUUAUUUUGCUCUGUGUUCUUUCUCUCAACAAUCGUUCCAACAAAUCAAGCUACGUUUCUACCACUCAGAAUAUCAUGGAUACAAAGUUUGCACGAAGGACUGAGCGCAUUGGUAGUACAACAUGCUCUUAUUGGAGAGCUGGAAGAUGUAACAGGAAUCCUUGCAGAUUUUUGCACAUAGAGACACCAUCUCCCCCUGCUGCUUGUGGUUAUGGCAAUACUGCAUAUAGCUACGGAAAAAAGCCCCAUUCCUCCUCUGAGAAUACCCCGAAAUAUGGUUCAAAGAAAGCAUUGCUUGGAGAUAAUGGAGAUAGAGGAGAUGCAACAAGGGUUGCUAAGGCUUUCAAGAAAUCAUCACCAAGGAUAUGCAAAUACUGGAUCAACAACAAUUGUGUACAUGGUGAACAAUGCCUGUAUCUGCAUUCAUGGUUUCGUGGUGAUGGGUUUUCCACAGUAACGAAACUUCAUGAACAUAAGAAGGUUAUCACUGGCAUUGCACUUCCUGUUGGAUCCGACAAACUUUAUUCUGGCAGCACUGAUGGGACAGUUAGGAUAUGGGACUGCCAUACUGGUCAAUGUGCUAAAGUCAUCAAUCUUGGUGCUGAGGUUACCUCUUUGAUCAGUGAGGGGUCAUGGAUUUUUGUUGGUCUGCAAAAUGCUGUCAAGGCUUGGAAUAUCCAGACCAUGUCAGAGUUUACUCUUGAUGGACCCAAAGGCCGAGUCUGUGCCAUGACUGUUGGCAACAAUACACUCUUUGCUGGUGCAGAGGAUGGUGUCAUUUUUGCUUGGAGAGGAAGCUCUAAAGCCGAUUCUCCUUUUGAACUGGUUGCGUCACUCACUGGCCACACUAAAGCAGUGGUUUGUCUGGCGGUUGGAUGCAAGAUGCUGUACUCCGGGUCCAUGGACCAAAGCAUAAAGGUCUGGGACAUGGAUACAUUACAGUGUACAAUGACACUAAAUGAUCAUACUGACGUAGUCACAUCCCUUAUCUGUUGGGAUCAAUAUCUGUUGUCUAGUUCAUCUGACCGCACAAUUAAGGUCUGGGCUUGCAUUGAAGCAGGAUCUUUGGAAGUGAUAUAUACACACACCGAAGAAAAUGGUGUUGUUUCACUUUUUGGGAUGCCUGAUGCAGAGGGAAAGCCAAUAUUAUUUUCCUCGUGCAGAGACAAUUCAGUUCACAUGUAUGAAUUGCCAUCAUUUUCAGAGAGGGGGCGUUUAUUUGCCAAGAAAGAUGUGGCAUUAAUUGAGUUAGGUCCUGGUGGCCUCUUCUUCACUGGAGAUGAGAGUGGUUUGCUGAUGGUGUGGAAAUGGUUGGAGGUACCCAAGGUGGCAUCCUCUUGACAUGUGUUUCCUUUCAACAUUGGAGUUGUAUUAUCCCAUCUAUUUCCUCUUGAAGUAGAUGGCGAUAAGGAUGAAUUUAUUUGUCUGAGCAGUAAAUUCACUAUAAAAACAAUUGUAUAGAAAUUGACAAUUUUAUAGAAAUACCAAUUUCAUUCUUUUAUAUUCUUCCCAGCAGAUGUAAUGUUCUCCUGCUUUGAUAAAUAUAUUACUAUUGUAAGUAACAUGGUUUGUAAUGAAGUCCGUUUUCAAAUUCUUUCCAUCAUUAUCAAAGAAUACAUUUUUGGAA